AUGACGACUGCAGCAUCAACCUCAGCCUUCCAUCGAGAAGAUGUCAAGUUCGCGUCCGGCAACGAACUCUGCGCUGCAUGGGUUUAUCAUCCCACUGCUCAGCCUCUGCGCUCGGCGGCCAGCUCUACAAGCUCGAAGUUGUAUCCAGCAAUGAUUCUCGCUCACGGCCUUGGUGGUAUCAGGGAGAUUGGUCUUGACCGCUUCGCAUCCAAGUUCACAGAGCUCGGGAUCGUCUGUGUCGUCUUUGAUUACCGUAACUUUGGCGCAAGUGAUGGUGAGCCCCGUCAGUUGCUGGAUAUCAACCUGCAGCUGCAGGAUUGGGACGCUGCUUUGGACUACACAUCAAAGCUCGAAGACGUCGAUAACUCGAGAAUUGGCUUAUUUGGAACCAGCUUUGGCGGUGGCCAUGUGAUCAGUGUAGCCGCGAAAGACAAAAGAGUCAAAGCAGUCAUCUCACAGUGUCCCUUUACCUCGGGCUUGCAUUCAUCGCAAACGGUUGGCUUCUUGCCCCUGCUCAAGCUAGCAGUGUUGGGUUUGCGCGACUUGCUCCUGUCAAAAGGCAACAACAUCAUUCCCGUACCUUUGGUUGGCAAUCCCGGUGAAGCUGCACUUAUGAAUGCGCCAGACGCACACGCAUUUCGCAAGAUCAUUCCACCACACCUUGAAGAGAAGCUUCCAGACUAUGUGGCUGCUCGCUUUGCUCUUUUCAUCGGCUUCUACAAUCCUGGUUGGCACACUUCCUCGGUUCAUUGCCCUAUCCUCUUCGCCAUCUGCGGAAAGGACUCGGUCGCCCCACCCGGCCCGACACUCAGCUACGCGGAAAAGGCACCUAAGGCGACCAUCAAGUACUACGAUCAGAUGGCUCACUUUGACAUUUAUGUCGGAGAAGAGUUUGAAAUCGCCACACGAGAUUACCUCGAGUUCUUGCGCCAAAACUUGUAA